AACAAGAAAAAUGUUAGACUGCUUAGACUUAGGCUUAUAACCAUCGAAGACCCUCAGACCAAGUCCGUAACCACCUCACUCAACCAGCAUUAUUCUUGUUCACCUGGUGGCACACCGCAUCGUUCCGUCGAACAGAUAAGUCGUGUUUUUUCGAUCCUUCCUUCAAAAUACAAAAAAAAAAAAAGUACCAAAUCCGAUUUAUAACCAUGGCCCACACGAACGGUCUGGGUCUAGUCUAGCUGCUAUAUGUGUCUUCACACAUAGUUACGCUGUUUGCGAUUCCAAUGAACGUUUUAGUUAGGCAUGGCCCGUCAGCCAAGACGGUCGGCUUUAGUGCUGACGAAAAAAUCGAAAUCGCGAAUAACAACAACAAUUUACCCUCAAUCGUCGUCGCGUUUUUUACCCCUAAUUGUAACUUUGGCAUUGACCAUACUUAUUGAAAUAAGUUGGGCUCAAUCUAAUUUAGAUAAUGGUGGUGGUAACGCACCCGUAACGCAACCAAAAUUCGGUGAUCGCUUAUUACCACGAAAUAGACAUAUAGCUAGUACUUUCAAUACAACUACAAAUAGUGUAACUAAAAGUAGUAGUAGUGAGUUGAAUCAUUUUGGCCCGGUUUAUAUUAGAGCGGGCAGUGAAGUGGUAGAAAUUCGAACAAACAGUGAUAACGGUCGAAAUCGUAACAUCUCUUCGUCAUCUCCGUCGACAACGGAAGAGGAAUCAACUGAAGAUCAUUUACAACCUCAACGAAGACGCAACGACAAUGACAAUGACAUCGAAGAAGUCGCCAGCGUCGUAUCCGCCUUGGACACUCUUAGCGACAAUAACGAAGUCGCUCCAUCUCGAGACUAUCUGAACGUCUCGAAGGCGGACAGACUGAUCGAAAUGUCGACAGAGUUCUUUAUCGUCCCAACAUCAACGACGACCGAAAAACCAGCCAUUCCUUCGACAACAUCGAAAUUUCGAUCAGCGGUUGACUCGACGGGUCAACACAAAAACAACCACAUCCAACCCAGACCGGUGCUAAUACUGGCUCCCAAGAAUCCGUCACAUGGUAACACAUCAUCGGUGGUAACUCCACCGACCAUAGUUAGCACACGUCUGCCUAACGGACUGCGCAAGGAACCCUGGGUCGUGCCCGUCCUCGUCCUAGCCUCCCUAACCAUGAUCAUGAUGGCUGCCUUUGAGAUUUUCGUUCUAUUCAAGGCCUGGCGUACCUCACCGUCACGCCGGCAUCUAUUUUUGGGCCAAAUGCUAUUGCUAGGCCUAUUUGCUUGCGCCGGACUUGGUGCAAUAAUCACGGCACAGCCGACCGUUCUAAGUUGUGGCGCGAUACGUUUCGGAGCGGGCGUUGCUUAUGCCUUGGUAUUUGCGGCACUGCUCGUUAAGUGCGUGUUCCUCAUUAGUUUGAACGGCGGUGUUUACCUACCGGCACCGUAUCAGGGAUUGCUACUGUUGUUCGCCGUACUCAUUCAAGUGGCCAUUGGGGCCCAAUGGCUGCUGAACCAGCCGCCAGAUAUUUAUACAAUGACAGUUCCAUUUGGUGCUAGUGCGGGCACUAGUUCCACCAACAACAACAACAACAACAAACUAUCCUCAAUGCUGAUCACUUCAAGUGAUAUCACACGUUUGCAGCAACACGGUAGCACGAUGAUGAUACCCCUUUGCAAGACGCAAUUCUCCGAACUCUUGUUGUCCUUAAUUUACAUUGUCUUCCUGAUCGUGUUCGUGGCGGUUCUCGCGAUCAAAUCGCGCGGCAUUCGUGAUAAUUAUCGAGAGUCUACAUACAUUGGUCUAGCGAUUGGUGGUGCGAUACCAAUUUGGUUAGGUUGGAUGUUGUGCGGUUUGGCUGUCGCCGAUCGGCACAAGGAUGCAUGCAUUGCAUUUGGAUUAGUUGCAACAUCGGCGACAGUUUUUUUGGUAAUGUUUAUGCCAAAGGGUAGGCAAUUGGCAGCGAUGGGCAAGGAGGGGUUGUAUGUGGAGGAUCGUGAGGAGCAGUUUAGUUCGUUGAGUCGGGCUGGGUCGGGUUAUUCGCCGUCGUUUUUUCACUUUAAGCCGAUCAAGUAUGGAGUGAUGGGUCCGGUGCCGAAUUCAACAUCGAAUAUGGGCAAUGGCAAUAGUACGAAACAUACAACGGCAACUAUGAAUGGUGGUGAUCAUGUGGCACUUGUUGCAGCAGCUCCACCAAGCUAUACACGUAUGUACCACUAUUUUCCAGCACAUGUGACGCACCCAUUUUGUUUUUAUCCACAACCCCCACCACCGCCACAAAUAAAUCCACCAUUACCACCGACCCUUAAGGCACUUGGCAGCUCAGUAGCGUCAAUGACACCAGCACAUUUAGCACAAACCUUAAGGUAUCCAGGUAAGGCUUAUUUAUACGACCCGAUGAGAUCAACUUAUAUACCACAUUGGAACCCACAUUAAGCAGUAAUCCUAAUGUUUAUUUCCAACGAAGUGGAGGCGUUCAUCCAGGAAUGAUGUAUUAAUAGAUUA